AUGGCCACCGAGUCCGCAGUAUGGCGAGGAGAUUCUGCCAAUAUUUCUAACAAUCUGUGUAAGUCAAUUCAGGUAGUCUGUUCGGCCCUAAACAUUGACCGUGAUUUGCUCAGGUAGGAUUCACCUCGUAGAGGUUAUCUUUUCUGCUCGCAGUUUUUUUGUAUAGUUCCUUACAUUUAUUACGACUGUGUUUACGCCUGCACGAUGCCGUGCAUAAGCUAGCCCAGAUCUUAAAUGGGAGACCAAUGAAACACUUUUAGUCUGUUACAUCGUCCUAUUCUGCCCUGAGGUCUUCCUACAGUUGAGGUCUUCAAGAAAAUCUUCCACUUGUGUAGUCACUAUCCCACUUAAAUUUCUGGCGAUACGCUUAUAAGAACUGAGUUUGACACAACGACCUUUGACAGUACCGCACAGUUCCAGUAGUUCUAUGCAUACGAGCCAUGUAGACUGCCGUCCAUAGGUCUCGGGCAUACUGUUGUCUUCCUACCUGAGCGAUCACAGCUGCAUGUUCGAGUUUCCGCUCUUUAAGGAUCAAUAGGCUUCCUCGGCUUCGAUGAUGCCUUUGGGCGAUAAGAGUUGGGUCGUAGUUAUGCGCUAAUUCCAGCAAGAUAUCUAAAAUCCCACAGGACCCGAACAAUAAAUUUCCGCUCAUUUUUAAGAAAUGAGAGGAGACAGAAUGUCGUAGCCAGAGGCGUCGGCACAAACGACGUUGCCUCCAAGAUCUGCAUGCAUACUUUUCUACGCUGUUCGGCGCCGCCGGAGAUUUACGAAAUAGGAAGAUAUCACUGCGCAGUAACUCUUUUAGCGUAGGCGAUUGCAGUCUGAAAGAAUGCAUAGGUUCUACUGAGAGCCGAAUUUCAGGUUUCAGUGACUUAUUUAAGUGACCCAUCACACUACGCUGGCGCCCACCUCCAAUCGUUUGGCUCUGUUUUGGCAUCGAAGCGCAUUUAACUUGAAAAAAGGACGUAAUAGAUGCUGUAAAAUUCAAAAUGAUUUGCGAAGUCACUCGUUAUCAGACGUAGUCUACUGUUGACUUUUGUAAGGUGACUGCCGAAAUCUACCUCAACAAACUAACGCUCAAGCCGCCCCUACUCCCGAUUCGGGGCAUAGGUGGACCUCGGCUAAGGCAACCGCUUAAAUAUAAGUGUGCUUACACCAAAAAGAUGCUUAGCAGACAGGUAAAAAAACUGAAAGGGACCCAGGAGUGUAGUUUUUACUUCCUUACACUUGUUGCAAUUAUGAGUACGCCUGAUCUGACCGGCCUGCAUGAUGUCGUGUUCAACAAUCAACGCGACAGAUACGCAGAACUCCAUCCAUUCCUUUAACUGCCAACAAAGACCGAAUACCGAAGGCUGAAGAACGACUUACGCGUCCUUGCUUACCAUGUUGAUCGUGUAUUUCUUCGCUGUUUAUCAAAGAGUCUGUGCGGGUCUUGCCCGACAGCCCUGGCUUAUUUUGCAGUUUUUGUGCGUUCAAGACCUUUCCCUACGACCCCUCUUUGCUGUUAAUGCACUUCGUAAAAAUUGCAGAUGGAAGUAUUUGAGCAGUUUAUUUUUCAUCAUCGAAAUUUCAAGUUGGCAAACAAGUAUUUUCGGUACUUCUUCUUCAGGCCAAUAUAGUUACAUGAAGGAAUGAAAAUGCACAAAAUUAGCAGUGUUUAUAGGUGUCUCAAGGGCUAUUAGGUCAUUAACAUCCAUCUUCCCCUCGCCGCCCGCAUGACGAGGUGGGCGGGUUUUAGUCCUCAGAGCUAGGGGAGAGGGGUAGAAGAGUCUUUGAGUGAUGUUCGUGGGUUGGGUACACGGAGUACCCAUCACUGCAAUCAGGGAUUUGGGACGAUGUGUCGGCAUUACUUGAGGUUGGCGUUUACCGCGAUAGAGAGAGCGCUUGUGUCAGCGUUUUGUGACAGCAUAGCACUGAAUUCGCUAGCCGUAUAGCCAUAGACUCGGCCGUUGCUAGGAGCCGUUGGCGUAGGCCUUUAGAGAAGCAUGUUGGUGUCCGGUAGACAACCUGAAAUGCUUUCUUGGCAUCGACUCGGUGAUUCGUAUCGAUUAAAUUAGCCAGAAUAGAGCUCAAAAUCGAUCGGGCCUCACUUCUGCCUAGCCAGUCGGGCGUAUGUUCACGCACCCUCUUUACCAGGCGUCACCUUGUACGGCCCAUGUAUCCCGCUCCGCAGGAGCAAGUGAAUGAGUAAAUGUGGAUUAAUAUGGCCUCCAACGGUAGUCUGCCUACCUCCCAAGCGUAGGAGGGGAGAGUUUGUGAAGCAUACGCGUAAAUUCGUCGUUGGGAAUUCCCCUGUGAUAGCUGUAGUUAAGCGCCGUAUGACUAGUUCGCUCUCAGCGUCUCCUGCAAAAGGCAAUCUUAUGAAUACAUCUUUCUUUUCCGCAGUCGCAACAGUGGGCUUUGCAAUGCGUUCUCAAAUAUUUCGGAGGAUAGAUCUAUCUGGGUGUCCGUUCUCACGAAGUGUGUUCCGCAUCGAAAUGCACAUUUAGUAGUAUUUAUAGUCCUGGUAAAGCCUGAGAUAAUACGUCUUUCGCAGAAAACGCUCUCACUAUUCGCCUUUCUACCCAUGGGCAUGCUUGCAAUGUAAACGCUUCUCUUAGGCGUCAGAUUGAACGCCUUACUAAUUUUACAUUCUCGGGUGGAAUCUAUCGAGUGCGUUUCCAACCCUUACCUUUGCAGUUAUUUCUUAAUUCACUUUUCAAACUUAUGCCGGCGCAUCUGCGACAAGCACGAAUGUUUCCCAUCUUUGUCUUCUUUUUGGUACGACUUUGAUUAUAUCGAGUCUGCAGACCAAUCGCAAGCCAACUGCAGUGUUUUUGUCUGAAUUUGUUCCACCGAGAUUAAUAACCCUACAAAUGCGACAUCUUUUACAGUUUCUCUUGAUAUUUUUACAUUAAUACAGAGGAGUUUUAGAGGACAACACGAAUGACUCGUCGAUGAAAUAAAGUAGUUCUAGGGUGAGAUUCAGCUACUUCAAAGCGUUUAAAAUAACUUACGGUUGUCAGAAUUAGACUGGAGCCAAGAUAUUCAGCCUGUCGGGCUGACAAAGGUUGUUUUUUUAUGCGCGGAUCUACACGAACAUGCAUUUCAAACCAAAUAUCAGAGGAGUACACGCCAACAACAUGUCGGUUAAGGCGCUAGAAAGCUGAAGGGACAGCAAAGCAAGCGCACUUAACACACGAGAAAAAGGACAAAAGUUGAGAAGCAAAAGUUCUUGAAUCUUCCACCGUAUACAGUGCACGAGACUGCUAAGGAAUGUACGUAGACCGCUAGCUACUGCGAGCCGCUGCCUAGAGUGCCAGCGGAAAUGUAAUCUUUGAAGCCGAUAUUCGUAACUGUGCUCUCAUGAAAGGCGGAGUAAUAUUGCGAAAAGCAAACUCGUGGCACUAACCAUAUAUUCCGAAGGCGAGUUAAAAACAACAUUUUCACGAAUCUCUGCUGUAUGUUUCCCUGUUUGCAUGCAGUGAUACCUGUCUCUAAGAUGGGCCAAGAGGUAGAUGCGCAGGGGCUAAAUCGGAGUCUCACUGGCGUUAUCGAGAAUACGCACCCACAACAAAUGCCAACAUUGGGGUUGUGGCAACAGGCUCAGGUGCAGGCUUAUGCCGCGCCAGUUGAGAUCCGUGUUGUUUCGCCCCUUCUGUGGUUGUGUAAAAUGCCGACCAGUGUACAGUGCGGACCAGGGGGUGCAGUGGUACACAUAAGUGCAAGCUUUUGUCCCGUCAACCGCCUGCUCCCUCUCCUGCCUUCGGUCUUCUUGACUCUAUUUUGACACCGGAUCUUGGUGGGGAAGGAGGAGGGAGUGCGAUAGAUGCUGCGCAAGGGUGUUACCACUACAAACUACAUCACAUGCAAGUCACCGUUCCUGCCCUGCUGUGUAGCGCACGAUGAACAAUGCUGGCGACGAAGGUCGAACUGAUAUGUUGAGCUAAGUGUUGCUUUGAUCCGCCUUUCGCUGUCCAGGGAUUGGCUGCUUUGCAAACGGGCUAGGCUGAAGAAGUAAUGGGAGAUUGGCGGAAUCGGUCAGGGACAAUGCGUCUAGACAUUGAAGUGGAUAUGUACGAGUAGUUGUCAAUUUUUGGGAAGUCCAACAUAGGCUAGUUCGUGGGAAUAUAUAAACCGACGAAGACGCAGUGAGCCUUAGACAGCAAUCAUUCCUGGCUCUUCUCGUGCCCUCGACUUGCUAUAUCUACCUACAGAAGUGGAUCACAUGCUAUCUCUAGGAAAUGGAGCUAAGCUUUUAAGUUCUGCGAGGCACAUACUCCUGAUUACGUGGGAAAAAGUGAGAACGGAGAAUAGUUUACACUUCACCGGCUCAAAACUCGAAUGCAAUGCUCUCUAAUUACUCGGUCCGCACUGAGCUAAAACUAUUUAGAGCAAUUAGGCUGUUAUCCAAAGUCACUAUAGAACCCUACACAGUCUGGUCCUCCUUUUCGUUCCUGCUUUUGGGAUACUUCCUGAUGUCUAAUGACCAGUUCCUCUUUCGCUUGCACUGUGUCUUGCUGUCGUAUUUACGCACAUGCUUUAGAACCUAGGCACACCUAUAUUCCCCAUCAGCUGGAGAUUACUAGCAUUUUUGACGCCUGCCUCUUAUCUGAUCUAGCAAGUCUACGUUGCCAACUAGUCUUCUAACUUCCACCAGCAUAUUUAUUGUGUGAGUAAGGGGCGUGAAUGUAUACCCAAACCGACCGACCUAGUUUGAAUAACUCGGCGAAUACCAUGUGACCGGUAAACGUCAUAGAUACUAAUCGUGGUCUUCGGUCCUGGACUGUCGCGGCCUACAAGCUAGACUGUUCACGAAAGCAACACAUACCACGCAAGCGCAGAGCUCCAAAGACAACCAGCUAGUCGGCCGUAAACACAUUUGCGUAAAUACGCUAUGUCAAGCGGUGCCUACAGAGGCAGAACGAGAGGUAAGACUGCGCAGGAUCAAAGUUUUAACAAACGCUCCCGUGUGUCGAGAACGUCUUGAGAACCCUAGGCUCGAACUCGCGACCUGUUUGUUAGAAGUCCACGCUUCUAACCACUGGACCACGAGUCCGUUGCCCUGUCGGCCUUUCGAUCGGAAAUAUACAAUGGUAGGGAGCGCUCACCGAUGGAAAACCGACAGGGCAACGGGCUCGUGGCCCAGUGGUUAGAGGCGUGGACGUCUAACUAACAGGUCGCGAGUUCGAAUCUCGGGUGUUCCACACUUCGGAGUUGGAUAUGACUGGCUGACGACGGCUAAUAAGCCAGAAAUGGCCAUUCCAGUCUCCCUUGUCUUUGUCGGUAAUAACAUUCUGCCUACAUCAUGGGCUGCUGUGCGGCUGCUGGUUGGACUCGAGAGAGAGAGUCCACAAGGCACAACGGAACGAAUGAGUUCCGUAAGAACGAUCGGUGAGCGCCCCUACCAUUGCCUUGAGAACCGUCGGUCGCUUUCACGCUUCACAUGGUUCAUCGGCCGUCUGUUCAUGAACAAGUGAAGUGAUUUCCCCUCUCCCUGAGAAGGCAGAGUAGUGUCCAGCAGCUUCAUACUGCCAGUUUCUCCUGUCUUGAAUGACGAGAAGUCUGAGAGGGUCUCCUCUCUUAUUUGGCCUGAGCCCUGAGUGAUAGCCACUAGCCGAUGUAAAGAGGAUGUAAACCAUCAUUUUUAUGGUUCUACGUAUCAUGCUGUCUGUUUAAAAUUGCUUGUGCUUUCCACGGUGGUUUUCGUGUUACGGUAAAGCGUCUGCACAUAAGCUGAGAUUCUUGACUGAUUCUUGAGUCGAUUUCAAUGAGCAUUCUUUUUUUGCUCGACCUCAUGCCAACGAUUUGAGACGAUAGAAUCGUUUCUGGAAGUUGUCCAAGCCAAACAGUACAAGCUGGCGGUCUGAUGCUUGGGCUUAUCGUUUCGUGUAAUAUGUUGGUUUUGGUGGAAGUUUAACAGACAAAUUGAGGUUCAUUUAGGAAAAAUUCCCAGCGUUUUCCCAGCUGAAAGUUGCGCAUUUUCUAUCAUUUUACGCACAAGUAGGACGGACCAUGACUACUGUCAAAGAAUUUGAUUGUGUGAAAGCCAUAAGCAGCUCCACUUGGGAUCAACAGCCAGAAAACGCUUCUGUUCUCCUCUUAUCCAUGUGUAAAUAGCAUGUCGCGUUAGCUUUCACGAUGUUUCAAUUUCAUGUAAUGCUGAUAUCUUGAUUAACAGGUCAAAGAUGGUAAGGACUUCCAUUGAUGCCUUUCAGACGAAUAUAUUGCCUCUAGCGUUUCGGCCACACAGUCAAGUGGUGCUGUGCAGGAAUCAAACCUUUCAAAUCAACACACGGGCACCUGCAGGGCCUGCUCAUUUGUGACACGAGAGGAAAUCGGAUACGUCAGUCAGGACUUUACCGCCAAAACAGCUUACGUAUCCACACAAUUUCCUGUGGACCCGGCUGUUGCGUCCAUAGUGCGAAGCGCCUGUAUGCGGAGCCUGUCUUGUGAGGUGAGCGAACCAGCCCUCUUGGCUAUAUUUUUAUUUUUGGGUAAGAUGUGAUUUGGUAGCCCCACCUGAUGGACACAAUGUUGUUGGGGUUGGGGUUUAGGGCUGCGGUUAAGGGUUAGGGCUAAACGGUUAAGGUGGGGCUCUGGUUAGGGCCGCUAUUUCUCAACCAUUUAAAGUACAACCGCGCAUCCCCAAUAGCUCUUCUUCUGCCUACAAUUGCUUGACCUCGUCGCCUGUGCGUUCCCCGGCCCCACCUGUAAAACCUCUAUUACCACCGGUCCCCUAUUACAGGUGGCUGGGUUUUAUUUACUUCAGGUGGGGCUAAAUAACCACGUCCGACCUAUUUUUGUUAUUAGGUUGAUCAAGCUGAGAGUUCGAGAGUAGUAAUUUGAGAGCGAAGAGCGAUUCCAUGGAGUCAAGUUACCGAAUUACUGACAUUCCGAAGAGCGUUUAGUCGGCCGUUCGUUCUGGUGUGUCGGACGCUCGUGGUCAUAACCUUUCCGAAACUCGGCCGCACACAAUUGUAGGUUACUUUAAGCACAAAAAAAGCAGAAUCCACCGAGUUUACUGUCGCCUUUAGAUCCAUUUUUCAAGGAGAAAGGGCAGUAGAAGAAAGCAAACCCUGUCAUUAUUUAUAAGACGUCAAAGGCCUAAAAUCCCUACAAAGAGGAGCAGUGGGCGCUCCAAAGUCUUGAAGUGGACGAAAACCUUACUCUCUGUGGGCUGACAAGUGCCGCUCCACGCCGAGUAACGCGGAGUGAGAGUUGACAUCUAGGCCAUGCCACCACAGUAAUAUACCGGCAAUAAUUACCGGCUCGCAUGGACUCUGUGCAUUGCGAUUAGAUCGCGCGUCGUGAACCAGUCUCAGCCCCCCCUGUUUUGACCCAGAGCAGCCUCUCAUGGAGGCCAAUCAUAUUUCCCUAACCUCCUCAGGAUGAGUGCACACGCAUGCAUUUUGUCUGACGAAGCAAACAUUGGACGACCAAAAGGGCAACCCUUCAAAGUGUUAGAGAUCAUACCUUGCAUCAAAGCAGUCUCUGGGGCGGCCUGUCAACCAUCGCACUUUAAGUUGGUAAUGUUUCAUGGCCACAACUCCUUGCACCCUGGUGCAGCCUACUUACACACUGCCGCUUGCCGAAAACUCGGUAGUGUCAGUAAAUUUUUCCUGUAAUGGUAGAGCCUGUAACUGUGUCAGAGAGUCCGGAUAAAACUUGCGCACAAGCCAGCAGGGCCAGACGGUCAACACGGAGGUUAGACUCCAACUAGCAGAUGACAGUGGAGAAAUUGACCGCACUUUUGGCCUUCAAGGCGCAGGCGUGUGGGAAAAGACUGCUAGAAGGCAAAAUAACUAUCUAUAUCCACAGCUUUCUGAUAUCACCUCCAUCAACUCCAGCCUCCCCCUCCCCCUUCGAGUUACAAGAUAUUUUGCCGUUGUCUACGCAAGGAUUAGUAUAAGAUGGCCGCAGUAAACGAAUUAGGACUAACAAAAGACUGAGAGAUCCAGACAGGAGGUUCGUCCUACGGGGAAGCGGCCGAGCAGCUAAUACGGAAUCUCCCAUAUUGAGGUGCCGAUUGACGACGCAGACAGGUCAUCUUCAGCAGUCUCGGGCGCAUCUUUUACUGGGAUUGUCUUGACCUAAUAAGCAAUAAUUUGGAAGAUGCUUCUGUUUACCGUCUUGUUUUCCGUAUUUAUUAACAUCAAUUUUUUGCAAAAAUGCAGCUUUUCUACAGACCUAAAAUUGUUAAACCAGUCAAGUUUGGAUAUGCGCUUCGCAGCAUCAUCGCCACAUGGGAAAUCCAAUAUUUCAGAUGCAAUUCGUGAGAACUGCUACAGAUCAUCGAACGGUUUAUCUUUGUACCAGUGUCUCACUUUGUCCUUUAUACUAUAACUAUCCUGAUCACGUUGGCUAACAUGGUCCCGUGGAGUUCCGUUGAGCUCACCUGUGGCAUUCGCUAGUCAACUCUAUUAAGCUGUUUAAAUGUGAAGUCCCUCGUUUCUCUCUUAGUAGACUCAUGCGGUAGUAGCCAUACGUAAGACUAGUUGUCUGAGCUCCCCUUCAUAUCCCCUACGAAACCUACCCACCCGCCCAGGAGACAGUGGAGAGCACUGCAAGCAAAUCUUUGAUGACGGUGUUCCGGAACUACCUAGAAAAUUCUGGAUACUUCUGUAGACACAAUUAUCUUCCCCACUGGCUUAUCCACAAGCUUUUUGCAUUUAAGCUCCUCCCAUGUUUAGUUGACUGGUCUAUUUCAAAGUCAAUCCUUUUGUUGUUGCUGUUAUUUUCUCUCCUUUCAUCGUUUAGGUACUGCCAGGCCGCGAGGGACCAGUGUACUUUGGUGAUGAUGUGAACGGACACGUUAUUAGUUACGCCUUCUUCAUCAAGGACCACAACGCCAGGGGAUAUCAAGUGAAAUACAGCUUCCUUGUCAUCAGUUGGGACCAGAUUUUCCUUAUGAACUUGUGGCCUUUCAUUGUGAGUCAGUCAACCCAGCCGUACCUGGGUUCGUUUUGAAAGUGUACACCUUCCAUGUCGCACGUCUCCGUUUUAAAACCUGUUCGCCUCUGCUUGCGUGGACUUUGCAUUCUAAAAUUGUCAACUUCCCUAAUGAACUUCUUAUCUCACUUUCAAAAAGUUAUUCGAAAUACUCUUGCAUGCUAUCCAAACAGCAAAUCUAAAACUGACCUUUUCUCCAUGGUUACGAGAGCUGCACUUUAAAUAUCGAGUAGCCGAAAUCAUCCUAUAAAUCAGGAAGGUUAAUGACUCCUCUCCGCAAUAAUAAAGAGGUCAGGGCGAUCAUAUCCUCUGGGAGAAGAGAGCGCAAUUUCAGCUUGUUUUUUUAAGCUGAACUUACUGCAUGCUAACACGCACCAAGACGACCGACGUUUUGCACUGUAAUCGCACCUUUGUGGGCCAACUAGGAUUCAGAACUCCAGUUCUCUCCAACAUUUUUGUGGGUGAAGCAGAUGCAUGUCUUUAACAAAGUGCUUCAGUUCGAAGGAAGUUUGGUAUGACUGGCUGACGACGGCUAAUAAGCCGGGAAUGGCCAUCCCAGUCUCCUUAUCUUUGUCGGUAAUACCAUUCUGUCCAUAUCAUGCGCCGCUUUGCGGCUGCUCGUUUGGCUCGAGAGAGAAAGAGAGAGAGAGAGCCGGUAAGGCACAACGGAACGAGUGCGUUCCGUAAGAACGAUCGGUGAGCGCUCCACUCUACCAUCGAAGUUAUCAUUCUCGGUUGCAGUUUUCUGCCUUCACACGGCAAUGGCAUCACAAUGAUCUCAUCAGCUUCUCAGGCCACAGCAGCUUUGUCUUUGGUCGCUAGGCAACUAGCCUGUUUUGGGCCUCAAUAGGAUUAGCAUUCGCCAUUCCGGUGAUUGUCAAGUUGCUCUGACAGACGUUGACGAGUUGAAUGGGGCUGAUAUAACUCUGUUUUUUACGGCAUCAAUCACUCGUCAAUCUAACCUCCCAGAUGAUCACAAACGUACCGCGUUUAUACACAUCCGUUAUUCUCCUGUCUCGUUCUUGACUGGAGGAAUGAAUAAUUGAAGAGGACACUGAAUAAGCCCAAAAUAAAUGUUUCAAUCUCCGUUUUUCGUCAUUCCCUGACAUUCAGAGAUACCCAUGAAUUCUGUCGUCUUCUGUUCUGUGAACAAAUGCUCGUCCCUUGGCGAACUCGCACCUGUUGACCGGUGUUUCUGUCUCAUGUAGGUUAAAAAUGUUGAGCGCAUGGCCUCAAGACUGCAACGAGCAGGCUCGCGAGUCUAUGAAGACGAGGCGGCCGCUGCCGGCCGCUCUGUGACCCCACCUGUACGCAGCAGUCGGACGCCACCGCGUGUGAGUCUAGCCACUACACCGCCGCUCAACUUCACUGCAGCAACGUCGCCUCCACCGCCGCCACUGUCAAUGGCCGGCACACCGACUGCCUCGGGCUACCAUCGUCAGCAACACCAGAACCCACCGCUGUUGAGUAGUCAGGCCAUCGCUGCGGGCAAUGCGGUGGCCGGUUCUCAGCUCGGUGUCAGCAGCGGCGGUGGUGGUGGUGGUGGCAAGUCGGUCGGUCAGCGACGCGCCACUGACUCGGACAUGCGUUCGCUGGCCGAUCUCACGAAGGACGAUCAGGCAUGUGACACGUUUCCCUCCCUUCCUCUGUUCAUUUGCCCCCCCCGCCCCCUUGCCAGGAACUAA